UAAAAAGAUAUUUAUUUUGUUACACCAAAGAAGUAUAAGUUCUAACGCGUGUACAUAAGUACACACACGUUUAUAGUUUAGGUUAGAUUUUAUGCGGUGGUGUUAAUUCUGAGCUUUUCGAAAUUCAACCUUAAGAUAAAGACGUGCUUAUUUUUCAUGUUUCAUAUUUAUUGUCAUAAAUUAAAAUGUAUGAUGUACUUAGUGACACCAAGGGCGGAUCAUGGUGGACAAGGGGAGCCUGUAUCAAAAUUUUAAUUUAUUUACACAUUCUGUAUAAAAAACAAAAACUUAUUUAUAAAAUUUUAAUCCCUGGCGCAAGCGUUCAGCAUGUAGUUUUAAUAUGAUAAAUUGUGAAUAAUAUGCGUACAUAACACAAUGUUACAGUAUGGAGUUGGUAUUUUUUCUAGAUUUGUAAACUUUGCGUAAUAAUCAAGUGGUGUUUAUCGUUAAGCAGUUUUGUAAACAUUCCAAACAAUAGAAUCAAACCCUCUAGGGUACAUUAAUUUUUCAUUUGGUAAAAUGAAAUUAGACUUGGCACUGUUUUUCGCAAUUUCAUUGUUAUAUUUAUCAUUAAUUGCUUGUAGCAAAAAUUCCGAUGAGUCUAAUAAACCAGAUAUCGCUAGAGCAGGGAAAACGAGGCGUCAGAAAAUGGUUCGAAACUCGGCAGUUGGUACUCUGUCGAAUGUAAUCACGCAAAUUCAAAAUUUGCCAAAUAUGGAUCUCGGGAGGCGAUUCAGAACACCGUGUAAGACGGGUAAUAAAUGUGGCAAGGUCAUUAAACGCUUAAUGGUGCCAAAACUGGCCCAAUUAGAGAACACUAUUAUGGGUGUGAUGAAGGAGCUCUCAAAGAUGCCACCGGGAUCCCGCCUUCCCGAUAAAUACACCAAAACUGAGCCGAUUAAACUGUUGCUAGACCAGAAUUACAAAGAAGACGUAUGUAUGGACAAACUGGAGUCAUGUUUAAAAGAAGAUAAACGUCGGAAACGUAUUUUGAAGAAGCUGUUUUUCAAGAAAUAUAAUGCAGUGAGACAAGAGCUAAUUGGUUAUGGCGGGCGGCGGCUCUGGGGCGGCGAGGGAAAUCUUUUUUAUAGACGAUAGAUAAAUAAAAAGAAUAAAGAAAUACUGAU